ACUAUAGCGAGUGGCCGCUGGGCAAAUGCACUGUCUGCCUGUGCAGCUAGCUAGUCAUCCGCAAUUCCAAACAAAUACAUUUACUGGGAUCCAGUAGCUACUAACUAGGCUAAACAACUUGCGAGAUAUCGUUGAUUACCUAAAGUAAACAUGGCCGGAGUUAUUCGAAGACUGGAUGAGACGGUUGUCAAUCGGAUUGCUGCAGGAGAGGUGAUUCAACGUCCAGCUAAUGCAAUCAAAGAAAUGCUGGAGAACUGUCUGGAUGCAAAAUCCACCAACAUACAGGUUACUGUCAAGGAGGGAGGACUGAAACUGAUCCAGAUUCAGGAUAAUGGCACUGGCAUCAGGAAAGACGACAUGGACAUAGUUUGCGAACGGUUUACAACAAGCAAGCUCCAGACAUUUGAAGACCUCUCAGGUAUCUCAACGUAUGGCUUCAGAGGAGAGGCCCUAGCCAGUAUAAGUCAUGUGGCCCAUGUGACUAUAACAACCAAAACUGCUGAUGCCAAAUGCGCUUACAGAGCAACUUACUGUGAUGGGAAACUAAAGACUCAACCUAAACCCUGUGCUGGUAACCAGGGGACACAAAUCAUUGUGGAGGAUCUGUUUUACAAUGUAUCUACCAGAAGGAAAGCUCUGAAGAGCCCCAGUGAGGAGUACUCUAGGAUUGUAGAGGUGGUGAGCAGGUAUGCCAUACAUAACUCUGGAAAAAGCUUAUCUGUCAAAAAGCAAGGGGAAACCAUGGCUGAUGUCAGGACCCUACCAAAUGCCUCCAUACUGGACAACAUCCGGGCAGUGUUUGGUAAUGCAGUCAGCAGGGAGCUUUUAGAAGUAGGCUGUGAGGAUCAGAAGCUUACCUUCAAGCUGAAGGGCUACAUCUCAAAUGCCAACUACUCAGUCAAGAAAUGCAUCCUCAUCCUCUUCAUUAAUCAUCGUCUGGUAGAAUCAAAUGCCUUGAAAAAAGCAGUAGAAACGGUUUAUGCUGCCUACCUUCCCAAGAACACUCAUCCUUUCCUCUAUCUCAGCCUGGAGAUAGCACCACACAAUAUCGAUGUGAACGUUCACCCCACCAAACAUGAGGUGCACUUCCUCCAUGAAGACUGCAUCAUCGAGAGUGUCCAGAAACACAUAGAGAGUAAAUUGCUGGGCUCCAACUCCUCACGUACAUACUUUACACAGACCUUGCUGCCCAGGCCGUCCGUCUCUAGUGACGCGAAGCCCUCUACCAGCUCCACUGCAGAAUCCAGCGAGCGGACGUACGCCCAUCAGAUGGUGAGGACUGACUGUCGAGCCCAGAAACUGGAUGCCUUCCUGCUGCCUAAAGAGAAGCCAGCCUCUGCCGGUCAGGCCAGUGUGGAGCCUGUGUCCAGACCGCAGCCUCCUGCACAAGACACGCAUGAGAUGGACGAUGCAGAUAUGCUGGAGGCCUUGGAGGAACAAGAGACCAGUGACCCCUCAGAGGUCCGUCCAGGAACUAGCUCAGACACACUAGAUGAUUACUCCAGGAAGAGGCCUCGUGUCGUCCAAAAAGAGAAGCAGGAGGACCUAACAGCUGCAGCCACUCCCAGAAGACGAGUCAUCAAGCUAACCAGUGUGAGGGAGCUAAGAGACGAGAUUACUGAACGGGCACAUACAGGUCUUCAAGAGAUGCUUCAGAACCUCUCGUUUGUUGGCUGUGUGAACCCCCAGUGGACUCUUAUCCAGCACCACACCAAGUUGUACCUCCUCAACACCACUAAACUUAGCCAGGAACUUUUCUACCAGAUAUUGAUUUACGACUUUGGGAACUUUGGUGUGUUGAGACUGUCUACUCCAGCACCGCUGUAUGAGUUGGCUAUGCUGGCACUGGACUCUGAGGAGAGUGGCUGGUCAGAGGAUGAUGGGCCUAAGGAGGGCCUGGCCCAGUACAUAGUGGACUUCCUGAAGAAGAAGACAGAGAUGCUGGAGGAUUACUUCUCCUUUGAGAUAGACGAGGAGGGAAACCUAACUGGGCUGCCGCUGCUGCUAGACAAAUACACCCCUACCAUGGAGGGUCUGCCCAUGUUUGUCCUACGGUUAGCCACUGAGGUGAACUGGGAUGAUGAGAAGGAGUUCUUCCGAGAUUUCAGCAGGGAGUGCAGCCAGUUCUACUCCAUCAGAAAGCAGUAUAUCCUGGAGCCAGAGCCAGAAGAGGAGGAGCAGGAUACAGAGCUGAACUCAUGGCGUUGGAAGGUUGAGCACAUCAUCUUUAAAGCAUUCCGCAGCCUUUUCAGCCCCCCUAAGCACUUCAGUGAAGAUGGCUGUGUGCUCCAGAUAGCCAACUUGCCAGACCUCUACAAAGUGUUUGAGAGGUGCUGAAACUAGAUGGAAAAUACUGGUAAAUGAAUACCGGAGUAAGCUCUAUCUGCUGCUAUGACUUUCAGACACAUUUAUUGUUUGUGUUGUAAAUAAUGUCUGCCAGUUUUUUUUGUACAAGUUUGCAAUAUAUAGUAAGAACACUUCCGGAAGGAUGUUACAAAUAUUUUUGUACAUGGUAAAGGUGAAGUGUAAUUCUGUUUGUUAAAUAAAAAGUAAUGAAAAAAGGGCA